AGAGAUAUAGUAACACUCUUACAACGAUAUUAGCAUUGGCAGAUAUGUUUUCUGAAACUCAACCAUCUUUCGAUGCAUUGAAAUCGAUAAUUGAAAAGGAUCAAUCAUCCGAAUCACCAAGACCAAACAUAUAUCCUAUAUACAAGUAUGUUGCCAGUCAAGACUUGACUGUUCACCAGGCCUACUUGAAGCUUGCAGACUUGAACAAUGAAAAACGUACUCCGUCUUUUAUGUUCGAAUCCGCAAUUCACGGUGACAGUGUGGAAAGAUAUUCAUUCAUUGGUAUUAACCCAAAGAAGAUUAUCAAAACUGGAGACGAUGAGAAAAAAUACGCAGGAGAAUACUUGAAUGUCGAUCCAAUCACUAUUUUAGAGAAGGAAUUGGCAAAAUAUAACCAAGCUGAUUUACCUGGUUUACCCAAGUUAUGUGGUGGUGCCAUUGGGUAUAUUUCGUAUGACUGUAUCAAAUAUUUUGAACCUAAAACUCGCAGACCGUUGAAAGAUGUUUUGGAAGUACCAGAAGCUGUUUUAAUGUUAUGUGACUUAAUACUUGCUUUUGAUAAUGUUUAUCAAAGAUUUCAAAUUAUUAAUAACAUUGAUCUUUCUGAUGGUAAAUUUGAUGAGACCAGCUUGAAGGAUAAGUUUGAAAAAGCAGAAAAUGAAAUUGCCCGUAUUGAAAAAUUAUUAAAGACUCACCAAACUUUAGAAGAGAUUAAUCCAAAGCAACCUCCAAUCAAGGCUAACCAAACUUUUACCUCAAACAUAGGACAAGAAGGUUAUGAAAAUCAUGUUUCCACAUUGAAAAAACACAUCUUGAAAGGUGAUAUCAUUCAAGCUGUUCCAUCUCAAAGGGUUGCUAGACCAACUUCUCUUCAUCCAUUCAAUAUUUACCGUCAUUUGAGAACUGUCAAUCCAUCUCCAUACUUGUUCUACAUUGAUCUUAUUGAUUUCCAAAUAAUAGGUGCAUCACCAGAAUUACUAGUCAAAUCUGAUACUAAAGAUAGAGUUGUUACUCAUCCAAUUGCUGGUACCAUUAAGAGAGGUAAAACUAAUGAAGAAGAUGAGGAAAAUGCAAACAUAUUGAGAGAAAGUUUGAAAGAUAGAGCUGAACACAUCAUGUUGGUUGAUUUGGCCCGUAAUGAUGUCAAUAGAAUCUGUACUCCAACCAGUAAUAACGUUGAUAGAUUAUUAACAAUUGAAAGAUUCUCUCAUGUAAUGCAUCUAGUAUCUGAAGUCAGUGGUACUUUAAGAGAAGACAAGACUAGAUUCGAUGCCUUCAGAUCCAUUUUCCCAGCAGGUACCGUCAGUGGUGCCCCUAAAGUCAAAGCCAUGGAAUUAAUUGGUGAAUUAGAAAAGGAAAAGAGAGGUAUCUACGCUGGUGCCGUGGGUCAUUGGGGCUACGAUGGUAAAACCAUGGACACUUGUAUUGCCUUAAGAACAAUGGUGUAUAAAGAUGGUAUUGCCUACUUACAAGCUGGUGGUGGUAUUGUCUUUGAUAGUGAUGAAUAUGACGAAUAUAUCGAAACCAUGAAUAAAAUGAAGGCCAAUAAUAACACCAUCGUGGAAGCCGAAAAAAUCUGGAUCCAGAAGGUUGGGAAGUUUGACUAGCCCAACAUAACUAGCUUAAUGUAUAUAACACAUAUAUAGUACAUAUAUAAUUCAUAACUUGAUUAACCGUGGUGUUGGACCCAUACCGAG